GUUGGAGAAGACAGACGAGUUCGUUAGGUUCACCUAAUCCCGGCUCACCUAAUCCCGGCUCACCUAAUCCCGGCGUGGGCACCGAGAGUUGGAGAAGACAGACGAGUUCGUUAGGGCCUCUCCCGCCAUCCCCAUGGAUGCCCCUGAGCGCCGUCACCGUGGCCUUGGCCACCCUCCUGCUGGCCGUGGCCGCGGCGCUGGCCGCGCUGGCCCAUCGCUUGGGCCUCCUCCACCAACUCCUCCACCCGGUGGACCCGCGGAGUCCCCGGCACGGUGGGGAGUUGGUGGCCGCCGUCUUGAAGGCCCACGGCGUGCGGUUCGUCUUCGCCUUGGCCGGAGGGCACAUCUCGCCCAUCCUGGUGGCCUGCGAGAAGAUCGGUGUGCGCGUGGUGGACACGCGGCACGAGGCCACCGCCGUCUUCGCCGCCGACGCCGUCUCCCGCCUCUCCGGUGGUGUCGGUGUCGCCGUUGUCACCGCGGGCCCCGGUGUCACCAACACGAUCACCGCGGUCAAGAACGCCCAGUUGGCCGAGUCGCCAUUGCUGCUCAUCGGGGGAGCAGCCGCCACCUUACAAAAGGGCCGCGGCGCGCUGCAGGACGUGGAGCAGCUCUCGCUCUUCAGGACGCUCUGCAAGGCCCGCGUGUCCGUCCGCACCGUGCGCGACCUCGUCCCCAGCAUCCGCCAGGCCAUGGCCACCGCCAGGUCCGGGACCCCCGGUCCUGUUUUUGUGGAGCUGCCCAUUGACGUUCUCUAUCCCUUCCAUGUGGUGGAGAAGGAAAUCGGGGCCACCCGAACCCCCCGGGGACUUCGGGGGACGUUGGUGACAUGGUACCUUCGAAAUUACAUCCGGAACCUUUUUGCGGGGGCCUGGGAGCCCCAGGAUUUGUCACCGUUGCCCAUUCAUGUGCCACAGGCCACGCAGGAGGAGGUGCAGCGCUGUGCGGAGCUGCUGAGCCGGGCCAGGAAGCCGCUGGUGCUGCUGGGCAGCCAGGCCAUGCUGCCCCCCACGACCCCAGCGCAGCUCUGCUCGGCGCUGGAGUCCCUCGGCAUCCCCUGUUACCUGGGGGGGGCAUCGCGGGGGCUCCUUCCCCCCGACAGCCCCAUCCUGCUGCGCCAAAACCGCCGCGACGCCCUUCGUGACGCCGACCUGGUGCUGCUGGCAGGUGCCGUCUGCGAUUUCCGCCUGUCCUACGGGCGACUGUUCAACCGCGGCGCCGCCAUCGUCGCCGUCAACCGAGACCGGGAGCAGCUGUUGAAGAAUUCGGAUGUGUUUUGGAAGCCGCGGUUGGCGGUGCAGGGGGACGUGGCGUCGUUCGUGGUGCGGUUGGCGCAGAGCCUGAGCGGGUUCAGCUGCCCCAGGGAAUGGGGAGAGCAGCUGCGGGAGGCGGAGAGGAGGAGGGAGAAGGAGAUCCGGGACAAAGCGACCGUCCCCGCUCCCCCCCACCUGAACCCCCUGGAUCUGCUGCUGUGCCUGGACCAGCUGCUGCCCCAGAACUGCAUCCUGGUGGCCGACGGGGGCGAUUUCGUGGCCACCGCCGCCUACAUCCUGCGGCCACGGCAGCCCCUGGCCUGGCUGGACCCCGGACCUUUCGGCACGCUGGGAGUCGGCGGAGGGUUCGCGCUCGGCGCCAAGCUGUGCCGGCCUGACGCCGAGGUUUGGGUCCUUUAUGGCGACGGUUCCUUGGGCUACAGCUUGAUGGAGUUCGACACCUUCGUGCGGCACAAGACGCCGGUGAUCGCGCUGGUGGGGAACGACGCGUGUUGGAGCCAGAUCGCGCGGGAACAGGUGGCGCUGCUGGGCAGCAACGUGGCCUGUGGCCUGGCCUACCUGGACUACGGCGCGGUGGCCGCGGCGCUGGGUGCCCGGGGGUGGCAGCUGGGCCGGCCCGAGCGGCAGCGCCUGGCGCAGCUGCUGCGGGUGGCACAGGACACGUGUCACCAGGGCCACCCCGUGCUGCUCAACGCCCUCAUCGGCCGCUGCGGCUUCCGCGACGGCGCCAUCUCCGUCUGACGUCCCCAAGUGUCACCAGUUGUCACCAAAGCGUCACCAAUGUGGGCCGGGAGAUGCCGCCGGUGUCCCCAGGGAAGUAAAGUGUCACUGUGUCCCCACC